AUGCACACCGAUGGUCGGUGCGCGUGGGGUCCGGGGUCCCUGGGCCAGCGAGAGCCUGGUACACAUGCACAGAGGUUCGGACACGUGGACUGGGGGGCACGUAACCUGGCCUCCAACAAGUCUUGGGUGGUACUUGACAUGGACGUUCGAGGAGCAGCGGGUCAAGAUCUGAGUUUCAUGUACAAGCCGGCCUGGAAACUCGGGGAGGUCGAAGUGCACGACCACUUAGCAGUCACGAAGUCCCUGGUGUCUGAGCUGGAGUUCAUAGACGGGGCGAGAGUGGUGGCCUUCGGGUGGGGCCACGGCGGCUACAACGCUGCCCGGAUGUUAUCUCAAGACGUUGAAAACCUUUUCACGUGCGCCACAGUCGUCAACCCCAUCACGGACUGGUCACUCUAUGCGUCGUAUUACAGCGAGCGGUACAUGGGCUCGGCGCAGGUGGGACCCGGAGGGAACUACAGAGGCUACGAGGAGAGUUCCCUCUUGUUCCACGCCGGGAACUUCAAGAACAAAAGCCUCUUCCUCGUCUACGGCUCGGGGGACACCGACGUCCACAGUGCCCACACGCUCAAGUUCUCCAGGGCGCUCACGGAAAAGGGUAUCAUCUUCAGGCAACAGACCUACACGGACGAGGGCCACGACCUGGAGCGAGUGAGAUUCCACCUGUACAGAAGCGUGGAGCAGUACAUGACCGACUGCUUCCCUCCGUACAACGAGGAGGAGCUGAGCUUACUCUUCGGCAAGGACGCCAUCCUAUAGUCGCCGUCGCGCUGGCCCGCCCUCCCCGCGACCCGCAACCCGCUCUCCCCUCGUCCCCCUGCCCUCGGGCGGUGUUCUUCCCGCGGCCGGGAGGCGUUGCCCUUCGGUACCUGCGCCACAGAGAUCGGCUCCCUGUUGGCGAGGCUGCGCUCUGCGGUCGUAUCCUUGAGGUGGCUCUCGCGGUCCCUGCUGUGGACGCCCCUUGGGAAGGUUUCUGUCUUCUAGGAGAACCUCCUCCCACGUGCUGACCGUCUUGGGAGGUGCCCAAGCCCCUCUCACCGUAACCCGGCUUGUCUUGAUAGCACUGAUUUUUAAUCAAACUUCUUGUAAAACGAUGCAGACUCCAGUCCUUUAUUCUGGGAAGAGAUCUGACUUUCUCAGAUUCGCUCACUGAUCGGUAUAUUGCCAUUUUCGGAAGAGAAAAUGAAAAGAUAUUAGUCUUAUAUACCUCAUCUA